AUGUCAGGGCUUCUCCGAGGAACUGCCUUUGUUACCGGCGCCGGCUCUGGUAUCGGACGCGCCACGGCCAUCUGCCUGGCUCAGCACGGCGUGUCAAAUCUCGCCUUGGGGGACGUGGACACGAAGAGGUUGGAGGAGACACAGGCGGAACUUGUCGCCCAAGGGUUGGCCGUGCAGGUCGUAUUGAUCGAGCUUGACGUGAGCAGCGAGGAUGCCGUGAGAGGCGCCAUCGCGAAGACCGUGGCGGCAUUUGGACGCAUCGACUAUGCCGUCAACAACGCCGGCGUGGCUGGCCCGAUGGGCAGGGCCGAAAACGUCGCGUUUGCAGAGUGGCGGCGUCUUCUCGACGUCAAUCUGAACGGUGUCUGGCUCUGCCAGCGGGCGGAGAUUCAGGCGAUGCUGAAGCAGGAUCUUCGCGCGACAGGAGGGGUCAUUGUCAACGUCGCUUCGAUCCUGGGCUUGAUGGGAGCGUCUGGCACAAGCCCCGUCACGGCGUAUAGUGCGGCAAAGCACGCUGUCAUGGGUCUCACGAAGACGGACGCACGCGUCUACGCGAAAGAAGGGAUCCGGAUCAACGCAAUCUGCCCAGGAUUCAUCGAAACUCCCCUACUCACCCCGACCCUGAACGACGCCGUUCGCAAAGAGCUCCUCAGGAGAAUCCCCGCAGACCGGCUGGGCGCGCCCGAGGAGAUUGGCAACUCGAUCGUCUACUUGAUGUCGCACUUGAGCAGUUUCAUGUACGGUCACGGCCUUGUCGUUGAUGGGUGA